CGAUGCCACUCCCACAACGCCAGAAGGCAUCAAAAGGCCGUCCACUAGAUCGACAGGGAUCUAAUAUCAGUGACUCGCGAUUCUCCAGUUUCCAAACCGACCCUCGCUUCCGUCUUCCCUCCAAGAAACACGCCAAAACGAAGCUCGAUUCUCGAUUUUCACGCCUCCUCACCGACGAUGAUUUCCAUACAAAAGCUAGUGUUGAUAGGUAUGGCCGCAAAAUUACAAAAGGUGAGGGACGGAAAAAGCUGGAAAGAUUCUAUCGGGUAGACAAGGAGAGUCAAGACGAGGAAGACGACAAGGGAGACAAGGCGAUUAGGAAAGAGUUGGCGAAAGUGGACAGGAAGGGCCAAAAUUAUGAUCCUAUACGAGACGGGGGGUUGUCGAGUUCUUCAUCGGACGAGAGCUCCAGUGGGGAGGACGGGGAGGAAGAGGAAGAGGUGGAGGAACAGGCAGAACUGGCUGAGCAAGGAAGCGAGGUGCCCAUGGGAGAAGUCACCGCACGGUUAGCGGCAGUGAACAUGGACUGGGAUAACAUCCGCGCUACCGACAUAUUGGCUGUCGCGAAUUCCUUCGUCCCCGCCGAUGGUCGCAUUCUAAAUGUUGUCAUCUACCCCAGCGAAUUCGGCCUGGAGCGAAUGCAACGAGAAGAACUAGAAGGGCCGCCCCGCGACAUCUUCUCCUCGACAGCCGAGAAGAACAAGAAAAACCUCACAUCAUUGGAUCAUUCUCCCUCGUUGUCGGACUCAGAAGAAGACGACGACGAAGCCAUAAAGAAAGACCUACUGAAGGAGAACAGUGGCGAAGACUUCGACUCCAAAGCCCUACGUGCCUACCAACUUGAUCGUCUCCGUUACUACUACGCCGUGAUAACCUGUUCCUCCUCCACUGUUGCCAAAUCCCUCUACGACAACAUGGAUGGUCGAGAAUAUCUCUCUAGCGCGAAUUUCUUCGACCUUAGAUUCGUACCUAACGGUGUAAGCUUUGAUGAAGAUCCACACGACCAGUGUGAAAAGCUUCCAGAUUCGUACAAACCGAACGAAUUUACAACCGACGCGUUAACACACUCUAAAGUCAAGCUGACUUGGGACGCCGAUGACACGACACGCAGGGAAGUCCAGAAACGCGCAUUCUCCCGCAAGGAAAUCGAUGAGAACGACCUCCAAGCUUACAUCGGAACUGACUCGUCCUCAUCAGAAGAUGAAGCACAAAACAACCGCAAAUCGCAGAAAGCUGCUACGCUUCGUGCCGCAUUAGGUCUCAGUGCGCCAAACGAGCUAAGAGACUCAAACUCGAGGUCAAGGAAUAAUAAGCGGGAUCGAAACUUCAAGAAACCAGAAGGAGAAAUGGAAAUCACAUUCUCAGCCGCACUUUCGGCCAACGCACCCAAAGGAUCCGUGUUCGUCAAUGAGCCUCCAGUUGAGGAAACCACGCUCGAGAAGUACGUCCGCAAGCAACGAGAGCGGAAAGCAAAACGUAAGGAACGCGCCAAGGGUCUCAUCGCUGACCAAGAGGAGUCUUCCACGGAAGCUACUAAACCUGCAACGAGAAUGGCGUUGAAUGAGGACGAUGAAAAAGACCCCUUCAACGACCCUUUCUUCGACUCUGACUCCGCAAAAAACCCAACAAAAUCCCAACUAAAAAAAUCCAAGAAAGAAAAACAUCGCAUCAUGCUCGAAAACGCCGCGUCCACUACCUCCGCCGCCCAACGUGCAGAACUCGAACUCCUGAUGCUGGACGACAACGCCUCGUCCUCUAAUAUCCGUCACUUCGAUAUGAACGACAUUGCGAAAGCAGAGAAGGCGAAAAGGAAAGGGAAGAAGAAGCGCACAAAAGAUGAAGUGGCUGGAGCUGGGGAGGUUCAAGAUGAGUUUCAGAUUAAUACGCAGGAUCCGAGGUUUGCAAAGUUGUAUGAAAGUCAUGAGUUUGCGAUUGAUCCGACGAAUCCGAGAUUUAAGGGUACGCAGGGGAUGAAGGCGUUGUUGGAGGAGGGGAGGAGGAAGAGGAAGGUUGGGAGGGAUGAGGUUGGGGGUAGGGAGAAUGUAAAAGGGGGUAAGGUGAGGCGGAAGGACGGUGAUGAGAGAGAUGGGGACGCAGAUGCGGGUGUAGAUGAUUUGAAGAAGUUAGCCGCGAGGGUUAAGGCGAAGAGUAGGAAGGUGUAG